AUAUCUGUAUAAAUACAAUAUGACAUAUAUAAACGUGACAGAAGUGAAUUGACCGCGAGUUCCAACAGUUUGCUGAUCGAUUCUGUCACUAAAUUUACCACAUGGCUAUCGCGAAGAUCUUGCUGGUCACCGGUCUGCUUGGUGUCCAGCUUCUGGAGAUCCACGGACAUGGAAUGAUGAUGGACCCUGUUUCAAGGAGUAGCGCCUGGAGGAAAGGAUUUCCCGUUGAGCCGAACUAUGACGACAGUGCUCUCUACUGUGGAGGAUUCAGCGUGCAACACGACCAAAAUGGCGGGCGCUGCGGCCUAUGCGGUGACAACUUCGCUCUUCCUCAGCCCAGACCGAACGAGAAUGGCGGAAUCUAUGGAACUGGAUACAUCGUGGAACGGUACUCGAGAGGACAAACGAUCAAUGUGAACGUAAAGCUGACCGCGAACCAUCGUGGAAAAUUCACCUUCCACCUUUGCCAACUGCAAAACAGAGGUCAAUUGGAGACAGAGAGCUGUUUCAAUCAGCAUCCGCUUCAAUUAGCCGACGGCUCCUACGAAGUCCCAGUUAGUUCGAGUCAGAUGGAGUUCAACAUUGGGGUUCGUCUUCCAUCCGAUGUCGCUUGCGAGCAGUGCGUACUGAGAUGGACCUACACCGCCGGAAACAACUGGGGCAGUUGCGGGGAUGGCACUUCAGCUGCGGGCUGCGGGCCACAGGAGACCUUCAAGAACUGCGCGGACGUUGCCAUCUCGUAAAGAGAUUGCGCGCAUUCAUUUAUGGUUCUUCAUUCAGGGAAAGUUGUAUUUGGUUUAUUAAAAGUUGAG